CGCCACCGUCUUUCCCCUGCCUCCAUUUUAAAUUUCAAACCCCUCCCACUCCCACCUGCUUCCUCCUCCUCCCCCUAAAACCUCCUCCUCUCUGCUGCUGCCACGAGGCGCGGCUCAGCUCCUCCUCCUCGAAGUCGAAGCGAGCGGAAUCCAGGCCGCGCGGCGGCGGGGCGGUGGAGGAGGAGGAGGAGCGGGGGAUGAUGGGGUGCCUCUUCGGCUGCUUCCGAGCGUCCGGCGGCGAUGGCGAGGCGAAGGGAGCCGGUGGCCAGCUCGCGCAUCCGUCCCUGGCCCCCGCGACGACGGCGACGACGAGCCACCAGGAUGGCGCGGGUAGGAGGACCAGGCCGCCGUCGAGGAACGCGCUCUCCGCCGUGUUCCAGCGAGAAGAUGAGGGAUCGAGAGUGGCCAAGACGGCGAGCUCAUGCCCAGACCAGAGUGGUGAGAGGAAGGGGAUGGAUCAGGAGCUUGAGUCCCAGGCCAUUAUCCAAAAAAGCUGUGGUGCAUUGCUGCAAACUACAAAUGACAUCCAAACAGCACUCAAAGAUGCAGAUUGUGUUCAUAAGAAGGAAACACAUUCAGGAUGUCUUCCUGUUAUGUCUGAUGAUCUACAUAUCAUGGAAGCACCGAAGGUAGAGAAAUGUGAAACUCCUUCAAGGUCUCAUCAGAGCUCCACUGUACCAGAUGCAAUGAGUUCUUCAAAAACAAAUGAUGAGUUGCAGACUUCCGCUACUUCCCUUGCAAAUAACGUGGAAGAGUCAACAAAUGAGAACAAUACCGAGGCUUGUUUGCAGGGUGAAGAACAACACCAACCUCUAGAUUUUGCUGAGGAUUUCAAAGAGUGUGGGGUUUCAAAAGAAGAUUUUAUUCAUCCUGAAAAAUCAGAGGAACUAAAGUGUGCAAAGAGUGAUCAUGUGGUCUCUGUGGAAAUUUCAAUAUCCGAUGAAUGUUCACUUUUCCAGAGCUCUGAGGGUUCUGUAUCACCUUCUAACAAGAUAAGAGUGAGCAUGAAUACAACAUCUGUGGAGAAGUCCCCGAAAACUGUCACCGGAAAGAAGUUACUGAAGAGCAAUACUUCAGAACUGGAGCUCCCAAGCUUAGCCCAAUGGUUGAAGCCUCCAAAUCCUAAGAAAGCAUUCAGAGAUGAUGCUGUGAUAGGAGAUAGAUCUCAUUCAGCUAAGAGUUCAAAUGAGGAUAGACCUAUUAUUGGAAUGGUUGCAGCACACUGGAAAGAUAAAGAGCCAGAAAAUUUUAACUCUAAAUGGUGGGAUGGAAAUGGCAUUCCCAAUUCAACGAAUAAGUACAAAGAAGAUCAAAAGGUCAGUUGGCAUGCAACACCAUUUGAAGAGAGGCUUGAGAAGGCUUUAUCUGAAGAGAAGUUGCUCUCUGAAAGGAGUUGUUCGAGUGGAAAGACAUCUCAGUUUUUAGGAGUGGAAGGUGAGGAGAGUGAUACAGCUGGAUCUAAUCGUCUAUAUGCUACUGCUUAUGCAUGACAAUUCUUCUUGCCAUGAGUCACACAAGCUUUCAGUAUAAUGGUUUUCUGCUAUCACCCUCCUGAUUGAUGGCAUUUGCACAGCCCUAUUUCCCUCUGUCCUUUAGUAGGUAGCAUCCGGAUGUGGUGUUUCAGUUUGUGCGUAACUCAAUUGUUUAAGAUAUAAUAACAUUAGUAUUGUUGCUGCUGCAGUUCACAAAUAUUGUUGUUCAGUUUUGUUUGCACCGGUAUCUGUUAUUUAUCGGAUUCCUGACUGAAAGGCACGCUUCAUUCUACAAUUCUAGUUGUCCCCCACAGCACCUUAGCCCACAUACUGGAAAUGAGCACAUAUUUCCAGUUUACUUUAACAAGUUGCAAACAAAUUCUCGUGAACUCCACGUGGCGGAAAAUAUUGUUUCUUGAUUGUCA